AUAGAGCUUGAUGCUCGUGUUGAAUCUCAAAAAAAAAAUCUACCACCCCCUUCCAGUGAGAUCUCCCUUCCAAUCGGGGGUUGUAGAGCCGACGAGGCGACGGCGAUGUAGAGCCUCGCCGGCGAAAACCCAAGAUCCGGCGCUGUGCUCCUCCACCGGGCACCCGCGCGCCUUACUUGCUUCGAGGUUCCAACUGCCGCGGCAUCCCCUCCGCGAUCGCCCAGAUCCAGCCGCGCACAGCUCCGAUCCGCGAGUGGCGGCGCUUUUACCCGCGGCCUGGCAGCUGCGUUCGGUUCGCUGCUAGUCUCUGCGAGGAGUCCGGGGUUCCUCCUGCCUUCCCGUCACCUCGCUCGCUUCUCGUUCGAGCCUUUGAUCCUGCACGAUGGCUGCUACACAACCGUCAUAUUGGUCUGACCUCCAUCCAGAACUUCUGGGCCUUGUCCUCGGGCGGCUCCCUUCCCUUGCUGACCGUGUUCGACUGCGAGCAGUCUGCCAGACAUGGCGCUACAAUGCUCGACUGCAGCUCCUGCCCCCUCCGCUCCCAUGGCUUGCCCUCCUUGAUGGGACCUUCCUGAGCAUCCCGGGUGGUGAAAUCCACCGCAUGCCUAUUCCUGAUGAUGCCCGUUACCAUGGCUCUAUUGACAACUGGCUCUUACUCAUGCAAAAUGAUGGCAGUUUCUCUUUGGUGAACCCUUUCUCCAAAACUAUGCUGCAGCUUCCUAAGCUAGCCACCAUUUGGCACCAAUUGAGGAAUGCCGACACUGGAAAUCCAUUUUUCUAUAAGUUGGUCACACCCUCGUCCCUGGACUUAUCACCAGAUUCCCUUGUUGCUGCGCUGAUCAUGGACAAACAUUCUAACAUCACACUUAGUAUUUGCCAGCCCCCGGUUCCCAACAACACAUUGAGAAAGUAUGAUGAUGAGCAUGCUUGUGAUGUUGUGUUCUUUAAUGGAAAGCUGUAUGCUUUUAUCUCCAGGAAGCUCUUUCUUGUUGAGAUUGCUGGUAACCACAAAUGUAAGCCAAAAAUCUCAUCCAUGAGAUGCGUAAUUGACACUAUCAAGCUUUCAGAUAUUGCACAGCGAUCCCGAUCCUCUACCGAGAAUUAUUGCUUCGAACUUCGGUAUUAUCUAGUCGAAUCUGGUGGUAGACUGUUGCUUGUUGUGCGGCAGGUUGGGGUCCCGUUCCCUCUGCCAGAACACAGUUUGGGGGAACAUAAACGCCGCACCAUUUGGUUCAACGUCUUUGAGGCAGACUUGACCGCCAAUUCUUGUCAUAAAUGGAGAAGAGUCAGCUCUUUGGCUGGCCAAGCGCUCUUUGUCGGCACAUACUCCAAGUCUCUCCCUGCUACUGAAUGUGGUUCUGCUCAGGAAGAUUGCAUCUACUUCACAUGUGACUAUGCCUGGGAAUAUCCUGAUCCUGAUCCUCUUCGGGACUCGGUGUUUUAAACAUGAGAAACGGGAUGAUCACACCGUUGUUGCCAGAGAACACAGCGGUGCGGCCUGUUUGCAAGGGGUGCCCGACAUGGUUUUUCCCUUCUGAUGCUAUGUAAUCCACAUUCCAGCAUAGCGUUCUUCAUCUGUUGCCGGGGUCUUUUAAUUAUGUAGUUCAGUAUUGGAGGCUGGAUUCUGCUUGUGUGUACCCUUGCCUAGAUUCUCAAGAAGACAUGUAUUGCCUAGCGUCUGCUCAGGAUACGUUUGAAUAAGCAAGUCUUGGUUCUUGUGAAUUCAGCUUUCAUUUGUUUAUGCUGCACUUUUUAUUUGACAUGCAAGCUCUGGAACAAUGAUGUCACAGCCAUUGUUGUAUACCUGAAUGCUUUCACUUCCUCAGCUUUUUAUCUCUGGCA